GCGUUCUUCAUAACUGCUGUGAGGCCUACAACAUUGGGCUCCUAGAGGCAAAAGUGUUUUCUGGUCCAUCUAAAGAGCAGUUUGGAUACGCAGUUCAACAGUUUGUAAAUGAACAAGGCAAAUGGUUAUUGGUUGGUUCACCCUGGAGUGGCUAUCCAGCUAACAGAACAGGAGAUAUCUAUGCAUGUCCUGUUGGAACGUCCAAAACAACAUGUGAAAAAUUGAAUUUACAAGCUUUAAUAAAUAUUCCAAAUGUGACUGAGAUAAAGGAAGACAUGAACCUUGGUUUGACUCUGAUACACAACUCAAAAACAGGAGGAUUUUUGACUUGUGGUCCCUUGUGGGCACAGCAGUGUGGAAGCCAAUACUAUGCAACAGGAGUCUGUUCUGAAUUCAGUCCAAGUUUCCAGAUCCUACGAAGCUUUUCUCCUGCUGUUCAAAAGUGUUCCUCUGUCAUAGAUGUUGUGGUGGUCUGUGAUGAGUCAAACAGCAUUUAUCCCUGGGAUGCAGUGCGAGCAUUUUUGAAAAAAUUUGUGCAAGGCUUAGACAUAGGCCUUAACAAAACCCAGGUGGGUUUAAUUCAGUAUGCCAAUGAUCCCCGUGUAGUGUUCAACCUGAAUACAUAUCAAACAAAGGAUGAGGUUGUUAAAGCAAUGGAGAGAACAUAUCAGAAGGGAGGAGAUCUCACUAAUACUUUCAAAGCCAUUGACAAUGCCAGACAGUAUGCCUUCUCACCUGAAUCAGGAGGACGUCCGGCAGCAACCAAAGUAAUGGUUGUUGUGACAGAUGGUGAAUCCCAUGAUGGCUCCAACUUGAAAACAGUGAUAGGCAAAUGCAAUGAAGACAAUAUAACCAGAUUUGGCAUUGCUGUUUUGGGAUACUUAAUCAGGCAUGAACUUGAUACUAAAAACUUAAUUAAAGAAAUCAAAGGAAUUGCCAGUCAUCCAACAGACAAGUAUUUCUUUAAUGUGUCAUCUGAGGCUGCACUACUGGAAGAAGCAGGAACACUUGGAGAGCGUAUUUUUAGUAUAGAAGGUACAGAUCAAGGUGAUACAUUCCAAAUGGAAAUGUCACAGGUGGGGUUCAGUGCAGGAUACGCACAAAAAAAG